AUGACUAGGAAGAGCCUCCAGUGUGCUAAGGGCAAAUACACGGAGAAAGGUCGACCUUCUAAGGCCGCUAAAGCUACCAGCGAUUCAGAUGUGCAGCUCAUCUUAUCUCGUGGUUCCUCGAAGUCCCGUCGUUGCUCUGAGACGAAGACGUCUCCAAAGUCUUCCGAACCCGGCUCCCCAGAGAUAAGCCCGUCGACCCGCCCGAGUACCCCUACUUCGCCUCUAGUCGACGAAGGCAGCUUCGAUAAGUCAACUGUCGAGACGAAAGAUGUGGCAAUCAGUAUGCGUGAUACCAAGGAUCAGCCUUAUAGUAUCGUACCAAUUCGCCCACCAAUAAUGCCCGAGGAGACUUCGCGUAGCCCCACAUCUCCGUCAAAGCAGCCAUUAGCACAGCCUAAAUCAGCUACUUGCAGCGAGGUCGAUAAUUUCGAGGUCCAACUCGAAGCCUCUAAGAUCGAACAGGAUGAUGUGGCGUUCCAAGUGGAAGAGAAUGAGCCAACUGCUAACGGUACGAAACUAGCUAGCCUCCGUCUAAGUUUCGACAACUUCUGCAAGCAGAUGGCGCAAAUUAGGUAUUGCCAGGAAGUACUGGAAAACAAAGAUCCAGAGCAUGUAAAGAUGCUGGCGUCAGCGUCUAAGGACAAGACCUUGCUCGUCAGUUGCCAGAUGGAGGCCCUAGACAAGAUGAGUCGAGAAAUUCUCGUGAUGCGGGCGUUGAUAGAGAGCUCCGAGGGGAAAGAUGGCAAAGAGGUCAGUGGCUCAGAGGUUGACUACAUCGCUGUGAUCGAGGAAACGUGCACCGCGCGUGAGGACCAGACUCAGAUCACGUCUCCGGACAUCCUCCCAUGGACCAUCCCAAUGAAAGCCGGCUCUGAUGUUAUUACCUACACCAUCGAGAAGGCCGUCUUCGAUGAGGCUUCAUCGGUUCAGCAAGGUGUGCUGUCAGCCUCCCCGGCGGAACCACCGCUUGACCUUGUCAUCUCUGUGACAGUUCCAUUCACUGAGUCGAGCAAGCCCCUGGCUGAAUUCAAGGAAGACAUCGACUGUCGAGAUGGAAAUGACCAUCUGACCUUAUCCCUCGACGCCCCGUCAACCUCGCCGGUCGAAGCAGCUCCGGAGUCCACCACCGAUGCCGUCGAGGUAAAUUCCAGCGAGGUCGUGGAAACAGUGAUCAAUGAUAUCCUGGACAAGACUGCAGCAAUUUCGGUCGUACAGCCAGGUGUUCCAUCAAAAUACACGAUUGAGCUAUCUUGUGACUCUAUCAAUACUGUCAUGGAGCCUUCUCUUACGUUGCUCGAGGCCCCAUCAACUCCGUCUGACGUUACUAUGAUCGACUGCCCUAACGCGGCUCUAGAGGGCUCAACUAUCUCUCAGGCCCAAACUUCUGACCCCAUGACUACAUCGGUUGAGGAGAACCGUGCCGAACAACAGGAUUUAGCCGCAGAUACUGUCGUCAGCAGCCAUGCAGGCACCGCUGAAGUCGAGGGGUUCGAGCUGGGUUCUGAAGAUCAGGACACACAGAGCGUCGCCAUCCUAAAGGCCGAGAAACCCGUCGAGAAACCCUCAAUGUCCAUGUACAUUCCCCCCUCCCUUAGGCGCCAAAAUCUAGUCACCAAGCCCACGAACUCGGUUUCAACAGUUCCACCAAAGGCCACUGCAGAGCCGACUAUCACUAAGAGCAUCCCUAUCUCUCCCCUGCCGCAGCCUACCCCGAAGGUAGAACCCAUCUUCGAUUCGCCACUGCGGAAUUAUCAGACCGUGCCCCCGCCAGCGAGCCUGAAGGCACGCCCCGCACGUAACCCCCCGAAGACCACCCCAGGUCACAACAAUGCCCCCCGCAUGGACCCUAAGCAGUUCCAGGAGCGCCGCGCUCGCUUGAUUAAGGAGGGCAAAUGCUUCAAGUGUGAGAAGCAAGGCCACACGACCCGCGAUUGCCCAACCAAACAAACCACUCACCGCUAUACGAAGAAUCCACGCGUCGGUGCCGUUUCACACCCCAGACAAUCCGCCGCGGUUACGAAGGCCGUUCCCAUGACUAAGGCCGUUCCCAUGACUAAGGCCGUCCCUAUGAGCAAGGCCGUCCCUAUAACCAAGGAAUAG